AAAUAACAAAUGUGUUUGCUGGAUGUCAGGUGACUUCAGGGAACAGAGACAGAGGGAAGAAAACUUUAGGAGAUGGACCGAUAACCCACACAAGCGCUCAGGUUUAUGAACAUAAGAAGGGAGAAGCUCCAUACCUGCAGACAUGAGUCUAGAAACUGAUCUGUCCGUCUUUGUUGAUUCACCAUUCAUGGAGGACAGACUACAAGUCCGUGAAAAACACAAAGUCUUUGACAGGCUUCAUCUCGAUUAUAGACAUGACAAUAAACUGAGUGCUGCAGAUGUUCUUCAGAUAUCUACACAUUCAUUAAAGUCUCAUGAGUCUUGUGCUGAAGAAGACCUGGUUCAGACUUUCCUACAGAAAUUACUGAUGAUGACCUACAGAGCAAGAAACAUUAAAACUGAAGAGACCAAUGAACAACAUACCACACAACAGAGAGACAACGACUCACUUGAUGAUGUAGGAGACUUGUUUGAUAUGUUGAAAGAAGUGUCUUCAUCUAAUAAGGUAGCAAGUAAACCAGACCCGGUUCACCCGAUGGAUGUUCAGAUGGCUGUGUUUCAUUGUGCUGAUAGUUUCCUAAAGCAGCUGAUGGUCAAUAAACUCUCACAGUGUCAGUUUGCUCUUCCUCUGCUUGUUCCUCAUCCAUUCACACAACAGAUUGAGUUUCCUCUCUGGACAUUCAGACAAAUCAACAAGAGCUGGAAGAUGACAAAUACUAACAAUGAAAUCAUCAGUAAAGAAGAGCCGGUGUACAAAGCAGAAACUCCAAUGGUGUCGUUCUUCAGGUUUGGUUCUGUGUCUUCAUCCAAGUCUCAAUUGAUGAACAGUCUGAUCAAUGAGAAACACAACACGUUCUUUCACAGGAACUGUCCAGGAAGCAGCAGAACCAGACUGCUGAUGGACGGGGUGGUGGAGGUCGCCUGGUUCUGCCCAUCUGGACAAAGCACAGAUAAAUUUACUGACUGUGUUGCCUUCUGUAAUCUUCACGGUGAUGCAGGAGACCAUGAGAAACAACUGCAGAUUCUGACCGAAAUGUCUUCAGUCAAUGUUGCGAUUCUUCCAAAACUUGACAAAAAUGACGAAAGUACAAGCAAGAUUCAAAACCUGUACAAAGAUGAAAAGCCACUUAUUUUCCUUUUUACUGAGGAUGAAUCUUCUGUUAUUACGAUGAGGAAAGGAAAAUAUAAGAUAGGUUUGAAGGACAGAAAUCAGUCUGAUGUAUCUGAAGACCUCAGAAGAGCUAUAUCAGACUGUAUCCAAUUUUCACCAUCAACUUCCAAGUUCAGAAUUGAAGAUGUGUCCAAACACUCGAAUAUCAGAGUAGAUGAGGAAGAUGAUGAAGACUGCAGGAAAGGAAAAGAAGCAGCACAGCAGAUGAUGAGUUUACUGGAGAAUAAAGAUCUGAGAGAAAUCAAAGAAUCAUUUCUGCCCUGUCAGGGGAAACUCUGGCAUCAGUGGUGUCAGAAGAACAAAGAACUUCAUCGAACAGCACAUGAGACAGAAACAGACACAAGCAGAGAUGAAACGAAAAUGAAGAAAAUUCGUGAAGAUCAGCAAAAAUCUUACACAAGUGAAUUCAUCCAGUUCUUUAUAAAACAAAUGUACCUUUCUGAUGUCAAUGUGAAUUUAUAUUUUCUUAAAUGGCUCAUAAUCCUCCUAAAUGAGUUUACCUCAGCUGACCUUAUUGUUCUGCAUCAAAAGUAUAACGAAAAGUGGUCAACAGUCUUGGAACUAAAAGAAAAAUAUAAAUCUAAGCGACUGAAAACUGAACAGACAGAACUUGAGAGAAUUUCUGAAGUACUACAAGCAGCAACCUUUGGCUUGGAGCACAUCAUGAGAGAGAUCGGUCAGAUCUUUGAAUCAUGUCUAUUUGUAAAGGAGAACAAGCAAGACCUGCAGUUUGACUUCUGUUCUCUCCCGAGUCUUGCAGCAGAGAUGAUGAUCUGUGGAUUUCCACUGGAGCUGAUGGAUGGAGAUGCUUCUCAUGUUCCUCUGAUCUGGAUCACUGCUGUUCUAGAUGAACUCGUACAGAAACUGGGAGACCAGAGAGUCUUUGUGUUGUCGGUGUUAGGGCUUCAGAGCUCUGGUAAAUCCACCAUGCUCAAUGCCAUGUUUGGACUUCAGUUUGCAGUCAGUGCUGGCAGAUGCACCAGAGGAGCUUUCAUGCAGCUGAUCAGAGUAUCAGAUGAGAUGAAAGAUAAGAUGAAGUUUGAUUAUAUUCUGGUUGUCGAUACUGAGGGUCUUCGGGCUCUAGAUCAGGCUGGAAGAUCCACAAGACUUCAUGACAAUGAACUUGCCACAUUUGUUGUGGGUCUUGGCCAGCUGACAUUGAUCAACAUCUUUGGAGAAAACCCAGCUGAGAUGCAGGACAUUCUUCAGAUUGUUGUUCAGGCCUUCCUGAGGAUGAAGCAGGUCAAACUGAAACCCAGCUGUCUGUUUGUACAUCAGAAUGUUUCAGACGUCACAGCUGGGGAGAAAAACAUGGAGGGAAGGAGACGACUGCAGGAGACACUGGAUGAGAUGACAAAACUCGCCGCCAAAGAGGAAGUCUGUGAUGAUGAAUAUUUUAAUGAUGUCAUUGAAUUUGAUAUACAGAAUAAUGUGAAGUAUUUUGCACACCUGUGGGAGGGCAAUCCACCCAUGGCACCACCAAACCCAAAGUACUGUGAAAAUAUACAAGAACUCAAAGAAACGAUUAUCUCACAUGCCUCAAAAUCCCAUGGUAUGAAGCUGACACACUUAAAUGAACGAAUUAAAGAUCUUUGGGAGGCUUUACUGAAUGAAAGAUUUGUGUUCAGCUUCAGAAAUUCUCUGGAGAUUGCGGCAUACAGGAGACUGGAGACAGAAUACAGCAAGUGGACCUGGAGUCUACGCAGUGCCAUGAUGGAAGCUGAGAACAAACUACACAACCAAAUAGAAAAUAAAGCGAGAGAUGAGAUCAAGGACAGAGAUCUUCGAGGAGAACUGAGGGAGAAAAGUGAAGAAGUAAAAAAAGCAAUGUCAGAAUUCUUUGAGAAGGACACAGAUGCUGAUAUCCGGAUUCAUUGGAAAGGUUCAUUUGAAAGAAAAAUUCAAGAGCUUCAGGAGAGCAUUGUAUGGGAAACAAAGAAAAAAUUAAAUUUGAUUCUUCAGCAGCGAGACCUGAAGAGAAAGAUUGAUGCUCAGAAGACACAUCAUGAAAACACUCUCUUAGAAAAGAGCAAAGAACUUGCACUGAAACUCAAAGAAAAAACCAACGAUGAAGAAAUACUGAAGAGAGAGUUUGAUAUGUUUUGGAAAGAAUGCGUUAAGAAGAUCACCACUGAUUCUCCACCGAUCAAAGACUGUGACAUACUGAGAGAUGUGAAAAUGUUCCUCAGUGAUAUCUAUGAAAGUGUCCAUGUAGAACAUGGGAGAAAGAGGAGAGAGAUUUUCUCAGUUACAAAUUAUUCAACAUAUGUCCUGUUAAAAAAGUCCAGAGGAUUUACCGGACCUGUUAAAAAUGUCCUCAAAGCAGCUCAAGAGACGUUUGGGUCUGUUCUGUCUGAAGAGGAUGAAACCCAAAUAAAAAUCUUGAUCACAGAUAUUUCCCACCAGACAACCAAGAUGAUAACAUCAUUUAACAUUUCCAAAAUGGGUUACAACAAAACCCACAUUCAAGAACUCACAUGUUACAUCAAGGCAAGGAUAAGAGAACACGAAGAGGGUCCAGUGAAAUAUGUGUUCAAGAAUAAGUUCUUCAUUGAUUUGGUGUUUUGUGUAUUUCAGAGAGCAGAAAAGACAUUCACUAACCAACACAGGAUAUUCAGAGAAGCCAAUGAUCCUGCUCUCUAUUUGGAGAAGAAGAUGGAGGAAUACUAUAGCAUUUUUCAGAAAUACUGUCAAGGAGCAACAUCAGCUGCUAUUUUGGGGAAGAUCAUCUGUCAAAAACUUAAAGAACCCAUUGAGCAGAGCGUCUACAGAAAAGCUGCCAGAGAACUGGCAGAUGAAAUAAGAUCAAACUGUCCAUCAGUCAAUGGAAACAAAUCAAAUCUGGAAAUACAUAUUCUGAAGAAACUGGCAGAAGAUGAGAACUUUUCUGCAUACAUUUACUACAUUCAUUAUCCCAAAGAUUACUAUAAGGAUUUCAUUAGAGAUGAAGUCACACAGUACAUGAGAGAUGAGCUUAAAAUCAGUGUUCAGCCCAAGAUGAAGGAAAACAUUAAAGUCCUGCAGAGGAUGAUCAUGAUAGCGGCACUUGGAUCUACUGAACAUGUUCAAGAGUGCAGUGGAAAUGUGGAUAUGUGGUUGGAGUUUUUCACACAGAAGCUCUCAGAUGUUCUGAUAUUCUCUGUAAGGGACUUCAGUGGAGUGAAACAUGAUGAUGUGGAUGAUUUUGGAGUCCUAACAAAUGCGAUAGGAACAGAACUUCUUUCUAUGAUGUCUGACAUCAGCAGAGAGUUCAGCACAGAUACGUUCAACCUAAACGAUAAACUGGAUCUGAACAACAGACCAGAUGAGAUUCUGAUCGAUCACUUCUGUCAGUGCUGUUGGGUUCAGUGUCCCUUCUGUAAAUCAACCUGCACCAACAUGAUAGAAGACCACGAUGAAGAUCACAGUGUUCCCUUCCACAGAGUGAAUGGAGUUAAUGGAUUCUACAAUGCUGAAACACAAACUCUCUGUACAGAUUUUUGCUCAACUGUAGUGAGAAGUUCCAAAAUGUUUCAAGCUUCAGAUAGAUGGAUUCCAUUUAAGGAAUACAGAAGCGCAGGGGGAGUUCAUGCAAAGUGGAGAAUCACCCCUAACUUCUCUCAGCUGCCCUACUGGAAGUGGUUUAUGGGCAGAUUUCAGGAGGAUCUGGAAAAGUUCUAUUCAAUAUCAUUUCAGAAGAAUAGCGAGAUCACAGCAUAUUGGAGAAAACACACAAAACAGAAGGCUAUUCAAAGUUUAGAGAAACUCUCAAAACAUCCUGGGAUGCUCUCUAGAAGAACCUUAGUAAAAAGAUUUUGGUUAAAUAGAUCACACAAUCCUACUCAAUAGACUAGAAAACUAUCUUGGCAUCAGUGGUCAGGCAUCAGCCUGGUUUAGAUCAUAUUUAACCAGCCGCUAUCACUUUCUUUAUGUAAAUGAGGAAAAGUCAUGUCACUCUCCGGUUCAAUAUGGUGUACCACAUGUAUCAGUUUUAGGUCCUAUCCUGUUCUCGUUAUAUAUGUUAUCUCUAGGAGACAUUAUCAGGAAACACAACAUAAGUUUUCACUGCAAUCAAUGCAGCUUUACAUCUCCUUACAUCCUAGUGAAACCCAACAGUUUUUUAAGCUAACAGACUGUAUUAGCGAUAUUAGUGACUGGGUGGCAAAUAACUUCCUUAUGCUAAACUCCAAUAUGACAGGUAAUUAUUAUUGAACCGAAUCGCUCCAAACAAAAUAUGUCAGAUUAAAGAGAUUAACAGACCCAGUUCCUGCUGCCAUGAAGCUCAUUACAUCCCUUAUCUACUGGCCUCCCUUCAACGUGACUCCCAGCAGAUGUCUGGCCAGCAACCACUGACCGCUUCCCAUUUAAUCUACCUGUAUUCAUAUACAUUUAUUUUUAUUUUAAAUACUUUAAUUCCUAUGAAAUUUUAUAAUAUAGUAUCUAAUAUAUAGUAUGUCCUCUAUAUAAUCAGCUAUGUCUUGCUCCCUCUCAAGGGUUUUUUUCUUCAUAGAACUUUUUCUUUUCUGAUUAAAUUAGGGUUUUUUCUCCUAGGAGUUUUUUUUCAACCCCUAGGGAGUCAGCUGACAUUAGCUUAACUUAGAACUCUGGUCUAUACGUUACAUUAUUACUAAGCUGGCUAGUACAGUUUAGCCGCUGUACUCUGCUUCUUAUGCUGUCCACCAAUUUUUAUUGAAUUGAAUAACCUCAGCAAACAUUGUUGAAAAUUGUUUAACAAAAUAUUACAUUUAAUUUGACUGAAAAAUAAUGGAAAAUAUAGUGGUAGCUGUGAGCAUUUGGGUCAAUUUGGAGACGCUCAGUCUUACGCUUGUUACAAACAUACUCUGUGUUGUGCAUGUAUGGUGCAUAUUGCAGUACGUUUGCGGUAUAAUCCGUCAAACACCCAUUGUGCUUUCACACAUACUCCGUUUGCAGUGCACUGCUGACCCGCUGCUGACUUUUCUGUUGAAAAGUGCCUUCUAAAUAAACAAUAUAACGUA